AGAAAACAAAUUUAUAGUUUUGUUGGAAAUAUUUAGUUUUGUUUUUACAAGGUGUGAGGAUAGUAUUAUCAUCUGAUUUGUAAAUCUAGGGUUUUGAUAGUGAGGAAUUGAUAUGAUGAAGGUGUGUGAGGUUGUUUUGUUGAAUUGUUUGUGGGAUGGCAACAUUGAACCAAGAAGGAAUAGAACUCAUGAAGGAGAUGAAGUAAAAUGGGUGAUUCUUCUCUUUUCACUUGUCUGUCAAUGGAGAAUCAUCACCCAUCCACGCUCUUGUCCAUGGAUUCAAGUGCAUCAUCACAUGAGGAACUCAAUUUGGGGAUGAACCCGCAAAUCAUCCUUUCACUUCCCCCUGAUAUUAAUUUGCCUCUCUCAACAGAGCAAAGCCCUCCUCCACAACCAUGGAACUUAGAUUCAUGUGAGAUUUUAGAUGUUGGUCUUGGUACUCAAGGAUAUGAGACUGGGACUUUUCUCAAUCUUCCAAAAGUUGUCAGGAAAUGUUCUAAGCGAGUUGAUAGCAUAUGGGGUGCUUGGUUUUUCUUCAGGUUUUACUUUAAGCCUGUGUUGCAUGAAAAGUCUAGGGACAAGGACAGUGAUGGUGUUUCAGGGUUUGAUAAGUCUGAUAUUAAGCUUGAUGUUUUCAUGGUCCAACAUGACAUGGAAAACAUGUACAUGUGGGUUUUCAAGGAGAGGCCGGAAAAUGCAUUGGGUAAGAUGCAGCUAAGGAGUUACAUGAAUGGGCACUCUCGCCACGGGGAGCGCCCAUUUCCAUUUAGUGUCGAGAAGGGUUUUGUUAGAUCCCACAGGAUGCAACGGAAGCAUUAUAGAGGGCUUUCAAACCCCCAAUGUGUGCAUGGCAUUGAGGUUGUUCCAUUACCCAAUCUAAUUGGUCUUGAUAAGGAUGAGCAGAUAAGGUGGAUGGAACUCACUGGGCGAGGUUUGAAUUUCACAAUCCCUCCUGAAGCAAGUGAUUUCAGUUCAUGGAGAAAUCUUUCCAACACGGAAUGAAAAUUUGAGCUUGACAGACCGCCUCACCCUAUCAAGAGUGCUACUAAUCCUCAUCCUAAGAAACUGCUUCAUGGAUCUGGUUUGAAUUUGUCAACACAUCCGUCAAACCAUAGUAAUGGUGAUGACAUUGAUCUUUCUCCUAUAAAUGGCAAAAAGAGGAAGGAUUUUUUUCUUUAUGGGAACGACGAAGAUUGUUACUUGGCCGUAAAUCCUCCAUCUGACCAUCUAGAUAUAGAGAUGCAACCAAGUCAGCAUCACUGGUUGAAUGACUUUAGUGGGUUGAUGAAGAAUGUUUGUGGGCCUGUUACUGCUGCAAAAACAAUUUAUGAGGAUGAAAAAAGUUACAUGAUUGUUAUCAGUCUGCCAUGUGUGGAUCUUUCAAGUGUGAAAGUUUCUUGGAGGAAUACUCUCACUAAUGGUAUCAUAAAGAUUUCUUGUGUGAGCACAUCUGGGAAGCCAUUCAUCAAGCGACAUGAUAGGACAUUCAAGCUUACUGAUUCUUCGCCAGAGCACGGCCCACCUGGUGAGUUUGUUCGUGAAAUCCCUCUCUCAACUCGAAUUCCUGAAGAUGCCAACAUAGAAGCAUACUGUGACGGAGCAGGAUCGGUGCUUGAGAUCAUGGUGCCAAAACUAAUUGCUGGAUCAGAAGAGCAUGAAGUUCGUGUUUGCCUUCGCUCUCAUCUUGGAGGGAAUGAUCUUAUGUUGACUUGAGUCAGG